GUGUGUGUGUGUGUGUGUUCAGUGACAAGUUGAAAAUGGCGGACUUCAGCGAAUCGCCCUAACUUUAUCGCACAAUAACAAAGAUAACAGAUGAAAAUGAACAACGUUUCUUGGAAUUCCUGAAAGAUCCCUGGUUAGCCUUCUGGAGUGCUCAGUGAUCAUCACACUUCAAUAGCCUCAACUGAUCAUGGAGGACUCACAUACACGAUACAGCAAGCGCCUGCGUGAGGGCACACGCCGGCGAUACCAAGAUGAUGGAAUCUCUGAUGACGAGAUUGAAGGGAAGAGAACCUUUGAUCUGGAAGAGAAGCUAAAUUGCGAAAGAUUCAAUUGUAAUCUGGUCAAAUACAUGGAGGGGAAAGACUUCACCUUUGAAUUCAUCCAGAGAGAAGGCCUCCGAGAACCCCUGGUCUUUGUGAAGUCAGACGGUCUUGGAAUCCAAAUGCCAGAUCCGGAUUUCAGUGUGAGCGACGUGAAGCUGUUUGUUGGCAAGUAUCAUUCCCUACUUAUUAGUAUUAUUAUUAGUGUUAUUCAACUUACUCGUCAGGAGCCGUAG